AUGCAUUGGAAAAAGGUUAAGGUGUUGGGCUCGGGUUCUUACGGUACGGUGUCUCUUGCAAGGCCGAUGAACGUAUGUUCAUCGUCUAUGAUAUAUGCAGCAGUGAAAUCUGCAGAAUUUAAUCGUUCAUCUUCGCUUCGAGAGGAAGGAAGAAUAUUGCAUGCGUUGAGAGGGUCAGAGUAUGUUGUUGAGUGCUUUGGAGAAGAUGUGAGCGUUGAAAAUGGCAACAACACUUAUAACCUCAUGCUCGAGUAUGCUGAUAGAGGAACUUUGGAUGAUUUAAUUCACAAGUCGAAGAUAAUGCUUGGAGAAUCUGAGGCUGCGUACUAUGCUUUUCAGAUCUUAAAAGGCAUUUCUCAUGUUCAUAACAAAGGGUUUAUCCAUUGCGAUUUGAAACCAGCUAAUAUUCUUGUUUUUCCUCCUACUGAGAAAUAUAUGCGGCUUAAAUUAGCUGAUUUUGGAUUGUCGUUGAUAUCAGAUGACAGUUGGAAGAAACAUCGCGAUUUUAGAGGGACUCUAGUGUAUGCAUCUCCGGAAUCUGUAACUAGUGGGGUUUAUGGUAAACAGGUUGAUAUCUGGGCUCUUGGAUGCAUAGUGGUUGAGAUGAUUACUGGAAAGCGAAUAUGGUCAAGAUGUAAGAGUAAGAAGGAAUUAGCAUGGAAGAUAGCACGUUUAGAACCGGUGCUACCGUAUAAUAUAUCUAAUGAUGGGAAGGAUUUUUUGAAGAAGUGUUUAGAGAGAGAUUAUAAUCAGAGAUGGACCGCGGAGAUGUUACUUGAUCAUCCAUUCAUCAAGAACAUCAAUGCUAAGAAUAUGAACUAUGGAUUGAUCCACAAAUGUAAUUGGAUUUCAACACAGCACUUGUUUUCAACAAUUAGUCCUUAUUAUCCUAAUCAUAACUCAUCAUGCUGCUCAAGAGGAACAAGCAGUAAUAAUAUUAGUUCUCUAGAGACUAAUAAUUAUAAGGUACAUCACACAUCAGAUCAUGAAGAUUUUGUAUUAGGGUUUUGGGACCUCAUCAGCUUUUUAUUUGGAUGUAUAUUUUAG